AGCUAGUUCGAUCUUGCGAGAGAAGUACACGGUUAAUCGUGGUACGCACGAUGCAUGCCGGCCCGCCUGGAUCCCCCGAAAAGACCCGGAAAUUACUUCGCAGCUCACCUAUAAUUCUUUUUGUUUUUUCGCUGUGUUGCAAAAAAAACAACGACUUGUACUCUUUGCAGCACCUAUCAUCAAUCGAAAGAAGAAGAAGAAGAAGAAGGCAAUUUGUACGAAAUCAGCUUUUCUCUCCCCUCUCAAGAGAAGACUUUCCUUCUCUAAACCAGUUGACCUAUGUAUUUAAUUCCUAGCCAUACUAGCUAGCCGAUCGACAACGACACAACCUCUCUCCCAAUGCAACACAAACGCAUCCAUAUAUCUCCAAGGCUCCAUCUCACCCUCGGCGUGUUUAAUUACUUUCGAUCGAAGCGUGCACUAGCCAACCAUUCAGCUGCAUCCAAGUGUGCGAUCUCCAGGCCGCAGCUGCUUAUUCCGUGGCACGCACGCGACGCGACGAUAGUGACCAAAAAAAUGGCUGCCAGCAGUGCCACGGCGUUGGCGGCGGCGUUGUUCGAGGCCCUGGACACGGACGGCGACGGCAAGGUGUCGGCGUCGGAGCUGCGCGGCAGCGCGGCGGCGGUGGCGCUGGACGAGGAGGAAGCCGCCGCCGUGCUCGCGGCGGCGGGCGCCGACGGCGACGGCCUGCUGGGCCGCGACGAGUUCCUCAGGAUGGCAUGCGAGGCUGCUGCGGCGGACCAGGCCGACGCGGACGUCAGGCGGCGCUGCCUCAGGGCUGCGUUCGGGAUGUUCGCGGACGGCCAGGGCCAGCAGGGGGCGGCGGGGACGAAGGAGCAGGAGCGAGAGCAGCGCAUCACGCCGGCGAGCCUGCAGCGGAUGCUAGGCCGGCUGCAGGUGGGGGCGGAGCAGCUGCCCGUGGGCCUGGACGAGUGCAGGGCCAUGAUUUGCAGGUUCGAUCUCGAUGGGGACGGCGUCAUUUCGUUCGAAGAGUUCAGGGUCAUGAUGCAUGAUGGCCUCAUGUGAUACGUCUUCCUUGUUCAUGCUACUGCUAUAUAUUACCGCCCGUCCGCCACCUUCGGUCACGUUUCAGUAAAAUACUUCAUUUUUUUUCGGACAAA